UCCGCUGUUCAGGAAACCGUUUACUUCGCGACGUCUCCUUUCUACCUCCAAGUAUGUUUGUGUAAUUACUACAAACUGUACAUUUUAGCCGUUUUAUAACUUUCAUAUCAGAUUAGAUUUAGUUUUUAUAAGAGAAUAUAUCGUCCAUUUGAUCGUUAAGCAAACGUUAUUGGCUCCCUUUUAACGAGAAAGAAACUUGUGUUUCCGUGUACCAGUUAGCUACAGCUGCACCAUGUGGACGGACAAGCACAGGGGCAUCCGCAUGUCCCAGCAGGAGCUCCUGUGUAAGAACUCGUGUGGUUACUAUGGAAACCCAGCGUGGCAAGGCUACUGCUCCAAAUGCUGGCGGGACAGAGCCCGUCCCCCCGGAGCACACCCACAGGAUAGCAGACCCAGCAGUGAUGGAACACCUGUCACCUUCUCCAAGUUUGAGGAGAAGAAGAACAUUGAGAAAGGCCGUCGCAUCUAUACCAUGAGGAGGCUGUUCUGGGGCAGCCCGUCUUCGCCUAAACCAGGGUCAGCAGAGAUCCACAGCAACGUGCUGAAAGCCUACCAGAGCUUGGAGCCUGGAGACUUCCCUGGUUUCCUCAAGAUACUUCGAAGCCCACCCUCCCAGCGCCUGCAGUCCCGCUGUACCGCCUUUCUCAAUACUAUGGAAGCCUACCAUGACCUUCCAGUGCAAAAACAGUCUGAUUUGGUCCAGGAUUUUUACCAGUCUUUUUCGGCACAUUUUAGUGACUUACCUGAGCCUCAGGUGCACCAGGUCAUGGAGCACUUAGAGAAGCUGAUCAUGACACGCCUGCACAAGUGGGUCUUCUGCCAUGACUCAUGUGAUGAUGAGCAGAGAGACCUAACUCUGCAGAGGAGAAUACGCUCUUUAAACUGGGUAACUCCUGAGAUGUUAGAUGUGCCUUUUCCUGACAGAAAGAGUGGAGUUACCGGAGACCCCUUUCUGCUUGCCAUCACUGCCAUAAUCGAGGUGGAUGCCAAGCGUGCCCCUCAGGAUAAGUUGGCCUGUGUGUCCAAAUGCUGCCACCAUAUCUUUGAGGCUCUAGCCCUGUCCAACAGUGAGCCGGCUAACGCAGACGACUUCCUGUCCGCUCUGGUCUAUGUGCUGCUCAAGGCCAACCCCCCACGCCUCCACUCUAACAUGCAGUACAUCAUCCGCUUCGGCCUGCCCCACAGCCUCAUGGCUGGGGAGAGCGGAUACUUCUUCACUAACCUGUCUUGUGCUGUUGCCUUCAUUGAAAAGCUGGAUGGUCCAUCUCUUAACCUCAGCCCAGAGGAGUUUGAAGGUUACAUGCUGCACCAGAGAGCCCCCUCUACUGGACACCGGAGGAAACAUGUGGCUAAAAGCACCCAGCAUUUACUAGAGGAGCUCAAGGCCAGGCAGGAGAGCAUGGACCAGGAUAUGGAUGCCCUGAGCACACAGCUGCACCAGUGGAUGGAGACAGUGACAGCUCAGUUAGACCAGACUACUGCCACUUUCGCUUUGGUUCAGAAGGAGAUUUGUGCACAGGCCCAACACUUUCCCAAUGCAGAGGAGAGGAGCAGGACCAGCUCUGCACAGACUGACUGUUAAAAUCAUUGUGCAUUACAGCGUAGGUCUGUUUGUUAUAGCAGCUCCUAACUUCAACUGCUCUCAUUUAAAAUUCUACAAAGACUAUGUUUAUAGUCAGUGGAAAACAUUUUCACCAUGCAAGCUCUGUUUGCUGACCUCACAUGGACUAGAAUGCAGCAGGGAACACUAGCUUUGACCUUUGCUUGACUAAGCAACAUCAGCACUAACUAACAGCUUGUACAUAGUGCUGCACUGUAAGGUAGUGGUCCACUAUGCAGCAGCAGUGUUUAGUAGCACAACACUCUUUACAUAAAUUCAAUAUAGGAUUAAAAUCAGGAAUAUUUUAAUACUUUUUGAUAAUUAGGUCUGUAUUUAAGAUGUAAUGAUCAGAUUGAGCAGUAAUUUAAACAGAAAAAAGAUUAUUACCCUAUUAUGUACAGUUCUGUAGACCCCUGUGUAGACAUAAUAAAUUAUUGCCCUAAUGUAAAUGGGAGUGCUCCCUAUAUGAUUUUGAACUUAUUCAAACAUAGGUGGGUCUGUGGUAGGUUAUAGAGGCUUAUCCAAAGUCACUUUUUUGAAACAGCUGAUUGCACUUUUUUCCUUAGUGAAAAUGAAGGUCAUAAUUAUGAAAAAAAAACUCCAUAAAUGUGAUAUUUCUCAUGAACUACCCUGUGGUGUAACAAAGCCAGCCUCUCUGUGCCUCUCCUGUGUCUGUGGAUGAAGUGUUGCACUGUUUACAUUUACAUUUUAUACUAAAUGUCUUUGAAUUAUGAAGACAAGUAGCUGACUCGUUCCUUCCUGAUUUGUGUGUUUUCUUGAGGAUGUUUUCUAUCUGUCUAAUAAUAAAAUAUAUAAUAGU